AUACAUCGAGUCAUAAUGUCAUUUGUUCUUUGAAGACUGCUUUUUAAAAGAUACGUUUUAUUUAUAUUUUUUAUUUCACGAAAGUACCACCUGCUACAGUCAGUUCGAUUGGCGUUGAUAGUCAGUAUGCUAACAUGUGAGCAGUUGUAUGUGAUGACCAGUUCGUCUUUUUACACACACCGCAAAAAUACUCAGCCUUUAAUGUCGUCGGAGAGAAAGGUUUCGGAUAUUUAAAUACUGUUUAAAUUCGUAAACAUUCGUGGCUUCUGCAAACAGGUUAGCAGUGAGGCUAAAGUUUAGCAUGUCCUCUGUCAGUCACUGUCAGCUCCUCAGGCUUCAGUAGACAUCAACACAUUCAGUUCAAAAUGUCUGCGUGUAAGAGCUUACUUUACUUUGUCAAGCACCGAAACUUAUGGACGUUUGUUCGGAGAAAUGUCACGACUUGGUCUCCUGUUGGAGCUGCUUUCAACGCCAAACCUCACAGGAGACUGAACCUGUUCGAGAAAAACGUGGGUUUGUUUGGGGUGCCUGAGCUUCACUGUCCUGCAGGUUUCCAGGUAGUCACAGAGGCGGCUCUGAAGAAUACGGAGCGUCUGGUGGAGAAAGCGUGUUCUUGUCCUCCAGGGGUUGAGACAGUUGAGUCUUUUGACCAGCUCUCAGAUGGUUUAUGUAGAGUGGCUGAUCUGGCAGACUUUGUUAAAGUAGCACAUCCAGAUCCAGCAUUUCGGGAGGCUGCAGAAAAGACCUGCAUAGAGAUCGGCACAGUAGUGGAGAAGCUGAACACUAAUGUUGAACUAUGCAAGAGCCUGAAAAUAUUGCUUGAUGAUCCGGACAUUGUGGCACAGCUGGACCCUGAUACGAGACGAGUGGCAGAGUUGUUCAUGUUCGACUUUGAAAUCAGUGGAAUUCAUCUCGAUGACAAACUGAGGAAAGAGGCAGUCGCUCUUCACGUGAAGCUGUUGGAUCUAAACAACGAGUUUCUGGUCGGUUCUCAUCUGCCGAACAGAAUUGCGAGGUCGGCCAUUCCUGAGCAUCUACAUAUACACUUUGCAAGUGAAGGAAGCUUCAUCCAAGUUGGAGGAUUACAUGCAGAUUCCCCUGAUGACUUGGUGCGAGAAAUUGCCUACAGGAUUUACCUUUACCCUAAUGCAGACAUGAUGGAGUGCCUGGAGGAGCUGCUAAAAUGCAGAUACAAACUAGCCAAACUGGUGGGCUACGACUCGUACGGACACAGAGCCCUGAAGGGAACGAUGGCCAAAACACCAGAGACGGUGAUGAGCUUUCUUCAGCUGCUAACAGAUAAGCUGUCAGACAGAACAGCCAAAGACUUUAAGAUGAUGAGGGGCAUGAGGAAAAAACUCAACCCUCGUAAUUCUGAGCUCAUGCCAUGGGAUCAUCCAUACCUCAGUGGUGUCUUGCGUGCUGAAAGGUACAACAUAGAGCCCAGUCUGUACAGUCCGUAUUUGUCUCUGGGCGCCUGUAUGGAAGGUUUGAACAACCUGUUCUCUCAGCUGUAUGGUGUGUCCCUCAUGUCCGAACACCCCAGUGCUGGAGAGGUCUGGAGCGAGGAUGUCCGCAAACUGGCUGUGGUACAUGAGACAGAGGGAUUACUGGGAUACAUCUACUGUGACUUUUUCCACCGGCAAGAUAAACCUCAUCAGGACUGUCACUUCACCAUCCGAGGCGGCCGCUGGUGCCAGGAAACGGGUCAGUACCAGCUGCCCGUUGUGGUGCUGAUGCUGAGUCUGCCCCACCCGACCAAGAGCGCCCCCACCCUGCUCACUCCGGGCAUGAUGGAAAACCUCUUCCAUGAGAUGGGACACGCCAUGCACUCCAUGCUGGGACGCACUCGCUACCAGCAUGUGACAGGAACCAGAUGUGCGACUGACUUCGCUGAAGUCCCAUCAAUCCUCAUGGAGUACUUUGCCACAGACUAUAGAGUCAUUAGCCAGUUUGCACGCCAUUAUGAAACUGGACAGCCGCUGCCUGAGAGUAUGGUGAACCGUCUGUCUGAAUCGAAGAAGGUGUGUGGAGCCGCAGACACCCAGCUGCAGAUUUUCUAUGCCGUCUUGGACCAGAUCUACCACAGCAAACCUCAGGACCGCUCCACCACAGACAUCCUGAAGGAAAUGCAGCAGAAAUUCUACGGCUUGCCUUAUACGCCCAAUACGGCUUGGCAGCUUAGAUUCAGCCACCUGAUCGGCUAUGGGGCCAAAUACUACUCCUACCUCAUGUCCAGGGCCGUGGCCUCCAUGGUGUGGAAACAGUGCUUCGUUCAGGAUCCUCUAGACAGGGACAUGGGUGAGCGUUAUCGUCGGGAGAUGCUGGCCCACGGAGGAGCCAAGGAGCCCAUGCUGAUGGUGGAAGGUAACUUGCCAUCUGACCUUUUGACCCCAAAGCCUUCAGGCAGCAGUCAUCCCACCUCGUACGGGACACCGCCACCCCUCGGGCAGACUUAG